UGGCACCAAAUUAGUCGAUUAUCAACUAUUCAAACAUUGGGAAUAUCCACAAUCAUAACUGAAUAAUUCAUCAUAUAUAAUUUGUUUUCCACUUUAGAAAUCUGUUUAUUAUCCCACUAUUUUGCACCACAUUUGCUAGUACUAUCAUGCAAAAAUGAACCAAAUUCUCACUUUUGCUUUGCUCUUCAUUUCAUUCUUUCUCAUUUUUGACACAACCAAAUGUGAUGAAACAGUGACUAGAGAUGCAUUGCUCAAGUUUCUUGCAGAGGUUUCUAACAAUAAUAGUUCAAUUCUUGGAACUAAUUCAGGCUGGAACAUAACAUCUGAUCCUUGCAAGGACAAUUGGCUUGGCGUUACAUGUAACGCGAAGUCUCUCUCAGUGGAGAAAAUCAUUCUUGAUGGUUAUGAUUUUUCCUCUGGAACGUUCGAUGCCACCACGAUUUGUAACGUGGAGCCUAUCGCGGACACCCUUUUCUUCCUGAGUCUCGAAAAUGGCCUACUGCAGGGGAAAAACUUGGACAGUAUAGAUAAAUGCAAGCAUUUAACACACCUUGUUCUUGGUGGAAACCGGUUCUCGGGUAGCAUUCCACAAUCAUUUUCAAGAUUGAAUAACUUGAAAAGGCUUGACAUAUCCAACAAUGACUUAUCGGGGGUUCUGCCUGAUUUAUCCAGGAUUUCGGGCUUGAUAGAACUCGAGGCUCGGAACAACAAGCUAUCAGGGGAGAUACCUGAAUUUGAUUUCUCGAACUUUGUUGCGUUUAAUGUCUCUUUCAAUAAUUUCAGUGGAUUGAUUCCGCCUGAGGGUGACCGUUUCCCCGUUAGUAGCUAUAUGGACAAUCCUCUUUUGUGUGGGGUCCCGUUGGCAAGAAAAUGCUCAUCGUUGCCCGAAGAGUCAGAAUCAGAUGAAAUUCCCGUCUUGCCCGAAAAGUCAGAACCAGAUGAUCAUGACAAGCCAAAAAGCAGCUUGCCGAGAGAUGAAAUUCUGAUGUUUUCAGGUUAUUUCCUGAUAGGCCUGGCUCUGGUUCUUGCUAUCCUACUAUGCAUCUACAAAAAACGGAAGCAGAUACAGAAGAAGAAAGAAUCAAGAAUCGAGGCGAUGAAAAAAGUGGCUAUAGUUGAUCAUGAUAGUGAAAGGCUUACUAUUACAUCAAUGGAAUCAAACAAAGGCACGAGCAAUUCAGAUAUGUCAUCAGCUGUAAUUUCUUCCGAUGAGAGCAACACUGCGGUUUCACAGUCACUCGUGGUUCUUACAAGUCCUGAGGCGAAUAACGGAUUGAGAUUUGAGAAUUUGCUCAAGGCUCCAGCAGAGUUGCUUGGAAGAGGGAAGCAUGGUAGUGUUUACAAAGUGAUGUGUGAAAAUCCCAAAAUGACACUGGCUGUCAAGAGGAUAAAAGAUUGGUCAAUAACUGGUAGUGAAUUCAAGAAAAGAAUGCAGAAACUAGACCAAAUUAGGCAUCCAAAUGUGUUGCCUGUUGUUGCAUUUUAUUCUUCUAGACAAGAGAAGCUUUUGGUCUAUGAGUACCAAAAUAAUGGUAGUCUACUUCUACUUCUACAAGGAAUCCAGAAGGGCCAAACAUUUCAUUGGAGCAGCAGACUUUCUAUAGCAGCAGGCGUAGCCGGCGCUUUAGCUUUCAUGCAUCAGGAGCUUCAACAUGACAGAAUUGCUCAUGGAAACUUGAAAUCAUCAAACAUUUUGUUGAGCAACAACAUGGAGCCAUUGAUCAGUGAAUAUGGUCUUAUGAGCAUUGCUGAAACUAGUACUAGUACUGCUGCAAGCAGCUCCAAUUAUGUCUUCCCUAUAACUGAUGAAAAUGUAGGAGCAAUCUUUAAAGCAGAUAUUUAUGCAUUUGGUGUCAUUCUGUUGGAGUUGUUAACAGGAAAAGUGCAAAACAAUGGAAUAGAACUUGCUAGUUGGGUUGUUAAUGUGCUAAGAGAAGAAUGGACAGUUGAAGUGUUUGAUAGAACUUUGAUCCAAGAAGGUGCCAGUGAAGAGAGGAUGGUUAAUUUGUUACAAGUGGCUGUUAAAUGUGUGAACCAUUCUCCCGAGGCUAGGCCUAGUAUAAACCAAGUUGCUCUCAUGGUUAGCACUAUACGAGACGAGGAUGAAAGGUCCAUCGAUGUUUCUGCAAGUACUAGUACUAUCAUCUGAUCAGAACUGAACGUUUCAAAUUGUUCGUCAUCUUUUUCUCUUCUAGAAUAACCAUUCUCCUGAGGUUAGGCCUUGUAUAAACCAAGUUCCUCUCAAGGUUACCACUAUACGAGACGAGGAUGACAGGUCCAUCAACAUUUCUACAAGUACUAGUACCGUCAUCUGAUCAGAACUGAACGCUGCAAACUGUUCGUCAUUUUUUUCUGUUCUAGAAUCGAGUUAACUAUUAUUUUAAGAUAGAUUUUGGGACGAAGGAUGUACUUAUUAUUUAUCAAAAAC